AUGUACCCAAAUUCAUUAGACCAUCGAUCAAGAGGGGAUACGGAAUUCAGUGCUGAGUACAUCCUGCUGAGUGUCAUUGACACUUUGCUACAAGGAGAAUGCAAUCCUGACUUGAGGCUUCUGGGAUGUGCUGUCCUGGCUCCACGAUGUGAGAAGAAUAAGAUUGUAAAACCAUGCAGGAAUGUCUGUGAGACUUUAAAGAAGAAUUGCCUUCCUGCCUUUGAUGCUAUUGACAUGGCAUGGCCUUACUUUCUGGACUGCGAUCGUUUCUUUGCGAGUGAAGAGGAAGGAUGUCAUGAUCCACUGGAAAAAUUAAGAGGUACUCUAUCUAUGUAUCUAUCUAUGCAAAAUACGAUGCCAACUACCUUCAUCGAGUUCAGUCACCACACCUAUGCACAAAUGGUCAGUGUUCUAAAGAAAACUGCAGGCAAAUGCUCCCAUAUUGCUAAGACGUACACUAUUGGACGUAGCUUUGAAGGGAAGGAUCUCAUAGUAAUUGAGUUUUCAACCAAACCAGGACAGCAUGAACAAUUAAAACCAGAAUUCCGUUACAUUGGCAACAUGCAUGGAAAUGAAGUGGUUGGCAGGGAGUUGCUGAUUUAUCUUGCUCAGUAUUUUUGCUCAGAAUAUCUCCUUGGCAAUCCCAGGAUUCAGGAAUUGAUCAACACAACAAGGAUUCACCUCUUUCCAUCAAUGAACCCAGAUGGCUAUGAGUUGGCAUCCGAAGAGGGUGCUGGAUACAAUGGGUGGACAAAUGGAAGAAUGACAGCUCAGAACAUUGAUCUUAAUAGAAACUUUCCUGAUCUGACUUCUGAAGUCCAUAAAAUAAUGAAAGUACGCUCAGCUCGUGUCGAUCACCUGCCCAUCCCUGAAACCUAUACUUGGGAGAGGGUGGCACCAGAGACAAAAGCUGUCAUGAAAUGGAUGAGGAACAUCCCAUUUGUCUUGUCUGGCAGUCUUCAUGGUGGUGACUUGGUAGUCAGCUAUCCUUAUGACUUUUCAAAACACCCUUUGGAAGAAAAGAUGUUUUCUCCUACACCCGAUGAAAAGGUAUUUAAGAUGCUUGCGAAGACCUAUGUUGCUUCACAUCCCAAAAUGUCAGACCAGUCAACAGAAAGAUGUGGUGGAAAUUUUGUAAGCAAAGGAGGCAUCAUCAAUGGUGCUCAGUGGUACAGCUUCAGUGGAGGAAUGUCAGACUUCAGCUAUCUCCACACAAAUUGUUUUGAACUUACCCUGGAGCUGGGAUGCGAGAAGUUCCCAACUGAGGAUGAACUGUAUACGGCCUGGCAAGACAAUAAAGAAUCUUUGCUGAGCUUAAUUGAAAUGGUACACCGAGGCAUAAAAGGAGUAGUGAAGGAUGAACAUGGAAAUCCCAUUAAAAAUGCCCGCAUCUCAGUGAGAGGAAUUCGCCAUGACAUCAUGACAGCUGAGGAUGGAGAUUAUUGGAGACUCUUGAUUCCUGGUGUCUACAUAAUUUCUGCUGAGGCUUUCGGCUACUCAAAAGUCACCAAAAAAAUUACCCUACCAGCAAAGAUGACCAAGGCAGGACGGGUUGACUUUGCCUUGCAGAGGGUUGAAGUUAGUAACCGUAGAUUUAAUAAAGUUAUUCCAGAAGACAUUUAUGAUCGAUUAGACCCACUAGACUCCUAUGACCCACAUGCUCGACAAGGACAAGGAGAGGAAGAGGGUGAACUAUCACAAGACAGAGAAAAACCAUCGUGGUGGUCUUAUUUCAGUAUACUUGGUCAUAACAGACCUUUGUGGCUACUUAAAAAUAACUAA